AUUACCUUUAUAGCCAAAUAGCUGAUUUGGUUCCUCAUCGAGCUUCCUCAAGGAUGCUUUAUCAUAUCUUUUGUGAUACUUGCUCACGUCAAUGCUCUGUUUACUUGAUGAAUUAUGAGAGUUGGUUUACGUAACUUCAACAUUGUUCAACAUUCGUAAUUUGCUAUACGUGUCGAGAUUGUGUAUCCAGAUUGAGUUUAAUACAGAGUGUGUCAUAAAUAUAUCAACUAAGAAUUUCUCGUUCACUUAUUUUAAGAUAAUUCAAAAUCUCUACGAGUAAUAUAAUGCUUUAUUCAAGUGCUCACACAAACAAUGACAAAUACUCCUCAAUACGAGUGCUUGAUGAAACUGGUCGGAGCCUAAGACACGCUGUAUCAGAGACUUAUAUUUUUAAUGAAUUUUUGGAAAAUCCCUCUCUUGAACAAAAUGCAGAUGUCACCAAAUUACGACCGCAUUCAACUAUUGAACUUCAUCAGGAUGCUUUAAACUCAUUCGGUGAUUCAAAUGGGCAUAGCUCUUCAAAAGAUGAGAAAUUAUUGACUGCAAACAGUCACAAACCAGACCCAUUCGAAGAUAUUUUAAACAAUGUAAAAAAGUCUUUUGAUAUAAGAGAAAGAGACAGUCCAAUGACAAAGUCGACAAACUCACUACCUAUAAUGAAAUCAGAAUCAAAGUCUUUAACAUUCCCUCAACCAAGGGUUAGGCUUGCAACAGCUGACAGUAUGAAAAAGCCUCAAUCAAAUUUUCUUAAGUCAGAGUUAAAUGGUGAUAUGUUCAACUCAGAACAUCAUUCAGGAGCAGAAUUUUCAUAUCCAGACAAGUCACUAAUGUUUGAUUUGGAACAAAAUGAUGACAAUAACUUGUCAGAUAAACAACAGCUGGUUACAGAGGUUGGAGAAGCUUUCCAUCUUCCAUAUCAUGUGCUCAGCGAGGACGAACUGGAGGAAGAACUACUUGAUGAGGAUGAGAUUCCUUCUCGUAAGGAAUCUGUGAUGUUGCGUCAUGAGAUCAUAAGGUCAUACUCCAUCCAAGAAGAUAAAAAAGUCAAGAAAAUCUGAAAACAAACAAAAUGGACUGAAUACUUUGGACUUUACAAAGGGAUAUGUGCAGUUACGAUUUGAUGCAAGUGGUUAUGUCGGUGAUGACGAUGAAUUGAACAAGCCUGAGUCAGAGGUAGGUGGCAUGUUUGACCAUUCAUUUAGCACACUAUCAGCACAUGCGCAGAGCUUGCCUUCACAGUUGAAUGCAGUUGAUGAAUCUUCCCAAGAUGAUUCCCUAGUAUUUGAACCUAAUGUCUUUCAAAAUAAACCAAGCAACAAUUCCAAGCGCGUGACCGUAGACGUUGCUCAACUAAACCGUAAAUACAACACGAGGCCUAUUCCUGCUCGAUCCAAACACAUCAGUGUCUUAGGGACAUCACCUCAAAAGUCGAAAUUCCUACGCUCCCCCCAGUCACGUGUCUCGACUUUAUUCUCGACAAAGAGUCCCGACCGUCGUGCCUUGGAGGCAACUGAAGAAAGAAGAACUGUGAACCCGGGAUUGGUAUUCUUUGGUGAUGGUUUGUUUGAUUUUACAGAAGAGAGAAAUGAAGAAGCGGUAUCGUUCAGCAAAGUUAUGGGCGACGUCCGCUCGAAUGUCCGAGGAAAACAGGAGUUAAACCUUGGCUAUCUACUCAGCCCAACCAUCACCCAAAACUCUGAUAGUUUCACCGAGAUCUUCGAAGAUAUUCUUUUGAACGUGGAGGUUCUCGUGGAAGGAAAAUCUUCACCCAUUCCUCUUAAAUGCAGUUCGAAGAUUCCCGUAAGUCAGGUGAUAGCAGAGGUUUUAGGUAAACUGUGGCAUGAUAAGGUUACCUCGAGUGACGUCAUGAGCAGCGUAUAUACCCUGAAAGUCUGCGGUUAUCAAGAGUAUCUUAGCAACUCAAAGUUACUCUGCGAGUACGAGUACAUGCAUCAUUGUGUUAUGGAAAGACGGAACGUUCGACUUUUUUUACUUGACAGCGAACUCGUCCCUCGUAGUUUAAUCCGUAGUGAUCAAGACGACAUAGCGGACUGCGAACCGCGUAUUUACAACCAGUUUUUUGAGAGAUCACUAGUCACAUCCGUAUCACGUGAUGGUCUAAUUGUACUGAGCGAGGCCUUCGACUUGGAACUAAAACGUCUUAUAGAUGGAGCGGGAGGCUUUCCACCUUGCUUGCAACCUGGUCCGCUCUUACAAAGUGUGAGGGCAGUUUGCAUGACUCUUGGUAAAAUCGAGACGAAAGGAAUAAUUAGAUGCGUGGACUCGCUGAGAAAAUUGAAGGCGAAAUACGAUAAUCUUUGCUCAGACUCGCCAGGAACAAUGGUCCCCAUUGAUUUGACAGAGCUUCGAACCAUUUUACAAAAUCUUUAUAGAAACGUUUAUUUGAUGAUGGAGUUGUAUUGCAAUACGUUUAACACGGACUUCGGUAAGAUACGAAUCAGCGAAAAGAUCAUAAAUGGAUCUAUCGAAGUUACGCAGAUGACGGAUAAGUUGAAUUUCUUCAUACCCGCAGCGUAUCGCAUUCCGACAGAGUGGAAAGAAAGAUUCGACACGUACCUUGUCGAAGGAAAGAUAUAUUACGGUAAGAAUCUUCUCGUCGUCCCGGAGACAACCAUUCUUGCCGAGAUUAGCACGAAUUUCUUCCCGCAAAUUGCAUGGCAAUGUUGGAUGGAGUUCUCUAUCGAGAUAUGCAAAUUACCGCGAGAGUCGAGGCUCUGUCUUACGUUGUACGGCCUGUCUCCUGCCACAAAGAGCGGCUCGUUGACCGCGGCCCGCACCCGCACACCGCUAGGUUGGACCGCCGUGCAGUUGUUUGAUUUCAAUGGCGUUCUCAUCUCCGGUAGUCAGUUAUUCGGAUUGUGGCCGAACGAAGCCGCUAAUCCUAUGGGCUCUUGCACUUCCAAUCUCGUCGAUAAACGCAGUGCCAUUUUACAGGUUGACUUCACCUCCCAUCUCUCGGAUAUCGUUUUCCCGCAGCUCGUCAUACCGGAAGCGAAAUUGGACUACAGCGAGGAUCAGUCUACUGACUUGUUUUCAACUGUAUUGUCAAAGGACAUCUUUGAAGAAUUGCGUCCCGAAGAAAAAUAUAUGAUUUGGGAGAACCGCCAUUUGGCAUCCAAGGACAGCCGCAUGUUACGACUGGUGUUGUCUAGCGCACCAGACUGGACCUACCAAAGUCUCCCGGAAAUCUACCAACUGUUGGCAAACUGGGAACCAAUGUCACCAGUUAACGCGUUGGACUUACUGAAGAUUGAAUUCCCAGACCAGAUGGUUCGUGCGACCGCUGUCAAAUGGAUGGAGUCGUUCUCCGAUGACGAACUCUGUGAUUAUCUCCCGCAAUUGGUGCAGACACUGAAGUAUGAGACUUACCACAAUUCUCCACUGGCCAGAUUCCUUAUUGAAAGAGCACUUCGCAGUUCACGUCUCAUUCAUUACCUCUUUUGGUACUUGAAGCUUAACAUUACGGACCCACUGUUCGGUCAGCGGUAUCAGGUUUUACUCGGAGGAUUGCUUAGUAUAUGCGGCAGUCUACAGCGCGAUCAGUUUACGAAGCAAGACGAACUCGUGACGAAGCUUACCGAAGUUGCUGUGAAGGUGAAAAAAGCCAAAGAUAAUCAACGAGAUGAUAUACUUCAUCGCGAACUGGGAAAAAUUCAACAAGAAUCCCUGGAACUGCUUCGACUUCCUCUCAAUCCAGGAGUUGAGGUCAGUGAUAUCGUGACGGAGGAGUGCUCAUUCUACAAUUCCAACUCGGUGCCACUGCGCAUACAAUUCAGGAAUUCGGACAUGCAUGGUUUCAAUAUUGAUACAAUGUACAAAGUUGGUGACGAUCUAAGGCAAGACGCGCUGACAAUGCAAAUGAUCGGGAUUAUGAAUAAACUCUGGCUUAAAGAGGGACUUGAUCUAAAGAUGGUGACAUACCGCUGCUUACCCACGGGCGCAGAUAUGGGUAUGGUGGAAUUAGUCCAAGACGCUCAAACAUUACGUCAGAUUCAAACUGAAUAUGGUCUAACUGGUUCAUUCAAAGAUGAGCCAUUGGCCAGAUGGUUACUCAAACACAAUCCCGUGGAGAAGGAAUAUGGUGAGGCAGUCAACAAUUUCGUCGCGUCUUGUGCUGGCUACUGCGUUGCUACUUAUGUUAUCGGGAUUUGUGACCGGCAUAACGACAAUAUAAUGGUCAAGAAAACAGGUCAUCUCUUUCAUAUCGAUUUCUCAAAGUUCCUUGGUCGUUCGGAAAUGUUCGGAAGCUUUCGUCGAGAUCGUUCACCAUUCGUUUUAACCUCGGAUAUGGCUUACGUCAUCAAUGGUGGCUGUACGCCGACCAGUCGUUUCCAAGAUUUUGUGGACCUAUGUUGUCGCGCGUUUAACAUUAUACGUCAUCAUAGCGACCUGUUCCUCAAUCUUCUUUCUCUGAUGUUGAAUUCUGGGAUACCUUAUUUAAGUCAAACCAACGACCUGAAAUAUGUCUAUGAUGUUUUGUUACCACGGGCAACGGAUGAUGAAGCGACCACCAUGUUUACCAGACAAAUUUCGUCCAGCUUAUCUUCAAGGUUUACACAAAUGAACUUCUUUAUUCACAACGUUGCACAGUUAAGAAAUUCAAAUCCGGCGAAAGAAGAGCAAGAAUCGAUGAUACCAUUGCUUUCGUUUUCACCCAACACGUUCACACUUGCGAGUGACGGUGAGAUAAUUUCGGCGAGAGUCGUCGACUAUCAGAAACUCUAUACGCCCGAGAGAUAUUAUGUGUAUUUAAUCAACGUUUGCCGUAAAAAUCUUGAAAAACCGACGUUCGUCUUCAGAAGAUACAGCCAUUUUCACGAAUUCAAUGCAAAACUUGCCGAUGAGUUUCCUCAACACACUUUACCGAAACUACCAGCUAAAAUCUAUCUUGGUCGGUCGCAAAUCAGACUAGUCGCCGAGAAACGUCGACUGGAAUUUGAUCAAUAUUUACAACAACUCUUCGAGUUGCGAGGAAUCAACGAAUGUGAUCUUUUCUACACGUUUCUACACUCUUUACCAUCGGACGAGUUUGAUGUCAAAAAAUAUGCGAUAAGACCAUUACCGGAGGAAAGAUACCGGAGAGACAGACCUAUCGGGGGAGAGAUAAAGGUUUCCAUCCAGCAUACAUCAUUCCAGCUCAAUAUUAUGGUUAUGCAUGCCAGGAACUUAUUACCGAAAAGCGCGGGAAGUUUAUCCGAUCCGUACGUGAAGAUUUAUUUAACCCCCGAUCCAACAAAAUCUACUAAGCGCAAGACGAAAAUCGCGCGAAAGACGUUAAAUCCGACUUACAACGAGAGAUUCACGUGGGAAAUAUCGGAGGAUAUGGUACGAAAACGUAAGAUAAAGAUUACGGUUUGGGAUUAUGACGCAUUUACAGAGAAUGAACUUAUGGGUGGUGUGGUCAUUGAUCCGUCGGAUUACGAUUUUAAGAACGAGUUUGCUGGAUGGUUUACUCUGACUAAUCUGACUAAGCGAAACUAGGAAUAGCGAAUGAAAUUAAUGAUCGUAUUGUAACAUAAUGUUGAUAUUUUUUUCUCUAUGAGACAAGCUUUAAAGAAUGUGUGUUGACCAAGAUUCAUUGCGUGCAAAUCACAGUGUUAAGGCCAUUUUUUGGUCGAUAAAAUGGGUGAUUUUGUAAUUGUUUGACGCCGUAAAAAUUCUCGCGAUAUUUAUUCAUUAUGUAGUGAAGGCGGACUUUUAUUAAUUUAAAACAUUGUUUUCAAGUGAUUUUGACAACUUCUGAUUUAAAAAAGCUUCUUUUCCAAAGCGUAGAGGCUUCUUUGCUAAUUGCUAUUGUAUUAACUUGAGUAAAGUGAAUUUUCAGAAAAACUACACGAAGUUCCCCAUUAGACGUGUCGCAGGCAUAAAGCUAAGAUAUAAACAUUGGAUAUAAACAUACCCAAAAGCGUUAAGUGCAUCUUGGUUGACCCGCACAAAAAUUUGCAAAGAUUAGAGUAGCUAGCCCGAAGGUUUGUUAAUGCUAUGUAAAAUUCUGAUCAUUGUCAUUUAUUUCGCGAGAAAUCUAUUGACUCGAAUUUACAGUGAGUGAAUAUAGAAAUGUUUACAUAGCACGAGGAAACAAACGAGCUGGCUACGUCAUCCGUAAUUUUAUUAAUUUAAUAAUUCUCACACAAAUGUACGUUUGAAAAACUGUUGUUAAAUAUGUAAAAGUAAUGAAUUUUUUAUGCAUUAAAUCACGAGGAAUUUUAAGCUUUUGUAA